GUUAGUGAUCAUGAAACUGGUGGAUUAUCACUUGCACUUCAAACUACUCACAAAUAUCCUGAAUAUGGAUGGUAUCCAGAAGUGUUAACUAAGGUUAAAAAUUCAUCGUUUGUCCUCUCAGAAGAAAUUGAGAAAUAUUCAAAGGCUGAUCGUAAAGACUAUAUUAAAAAGCUUCUUGAAAAUAGCUUGGGUAUUAUAGAUUAUACACAGGAGGAUAUUGAAUAUUUGAACCAAAAUCAACUCCAAUUAGAUUAUGAAUUAUAUUUGUCUAAUAUGACUAGUCACAGAGCUGAAUUAGGGUGGGCAACUCAUGGACAUUCUGGUGUUGAUGUUAAUUUGUAUGCAUAUGGUGAUAAUGUUGAUUAUUUAUAUGGAAAUCAUGAGAACACUGAUAUUGGUGAAUUUAUUAUUAAUUAUCUUGGUUUGGAUCUUAAUGGUACAGGGACAACAAUUACAAUCAAUACUAGAGUAGAAGAAAAUCCUGAUGAAUUUCGCAUUGAUAAUAGAAUUUUAUUUUCUAAGGAAAAUCUGCAUGAAAAUAAACAACAACAAACGCUUGAUGCCUCUCUUUCUUCUUCUGAAUCUAAAGAAAAUGAAUGGGCAAUUUAUU